GAACACGGCCAUACCAACAUACAGUACGUAGCAAUGAUAAUUCUCGUCUACAUCGCGUUAUCCUGCGUCCAUGCUUGCCAUGCGCGACUGCUUGCAAGGACUACGGAAAGAGCUAUUGUCGCUAAAAAUGACGAUUUCAAAACUGUCUCCAUAACCAAACACUGUCUCCACGAUCACGAAAAACUUCACCGGAAAAGCCGCUCCUACAUCGAUUACACCGUCGAUCAAUCGAACAACGUUAAACGAUCCGUCGAAAAAGGGAAAAUACCACUGGUAAAAAAACCAAUACCAAUGUACGUCGAAAUUAACUACGAAGACGAUUAUCAAACAAGACAAGUGCGUUGGCCGGAAAAAUACAGAGAUUCGAGUGAAAAUGAGGACGAAGAUUUUAAUGUCGAUGAUUACGAAUUCGAUGUAAAUCACGACGAAUUCGCAUCGCGAAGAAAACCCCUUGUACCGAGAACGAAACCGGAUAAAAACGAUGGUGAAGUUAAAACGGCAACAAAAUCUGAAACUAAAUCUACACCCGCUGAUAUAAAAGGUAACGAAAGAACACAAAAGCCACAGACUAAGAAUAAACGAGAAAACAAAAUGAGUGACAAAGCUACGGAUAAGUCUAAUAAAUCUAAACUAGAAGAUUACUACGAUGAAUUGACAUCUAAAAUUCCUGGUAAAUUGAUGAAAGUCGUUUAUUCCCAUGAAGAUUUAGGUGAUGAGUCGGAUGCGAGCGUCGAACGAGAGCGAAGAGGUUCCAUUAGAACGAUUAGAUCACCAUGGGAUAUAGGCAUUUACAUGGAUAAAUUAGGAGAAAAAACAUCGCUAAUAGUAGAUAAAGUUCUUAGUAUCCUGCCUAUGUUCCCACAAAUUCCAACACGGAAAAGCGAUGGAAUUAAAAAAUAAUGCACCAGUCAAUCUUUCACGAAUGAUUAAUUCCUCUUUAUUUAUUUCUCACAGUUUACUUCUUGCUGAUUUCUUUCAACGAAAUGGGUAUAUUUGAAAUAUGUUUGCUAUAAUUAUAACA